GUCCCGGAUGGAGGUGUGACGUCAGUAUGAGCGGGAGCCCAGGCGGGAGGUUUCUGUGAGCGGCACCGAGCGGCCUGUGGGAGAGCACAGAUGGUUGAAGAUGAAGAACGAAAUAGCCGCCGUGGUGUUUUUUCUUUCCAAGCUGAUAAGAAAGAAUGAGAAAAUAAGGAAGGAGGAGGUGGACAGGUUUUCAGAGGAACUGACGAGGCUGCUGUACGACAAGUUUGUGAAUCACUGGUACCCAGCAACGCCAACGAAGGGUCAGGCAUACAGAUGUAUCCGCGUCAACAAAUUUCAAGGUCCUGAUCCUGACCUCCUGAAAGCUUGCCUGAAUAGCGGCCUGGAGUAUGAAGACCUGGGACUGCCCAAGGAAUUCACUUUAUGGGUGGAUCCAUGGGAAGUGUGCUGCAGGUGCGGAGAGAAGAAUCAUGCAUUCCUUGUUGCAAGCAUUGAAAGUAAAGAUAAUGAUAGGAUGGAGAUCUCUGAGCAAGUUACCCAUGUGGUGGAUAAAGCAGUGACAUCCGAUUACCAUUCCGGAUCCUCUUCAGAUGAUGAAGUCUACUUCAGUACUAGAAAAGCUCAGACUGGCCCCGGCUUCAUAGGCGCAACUCACACACAUCAGGGUCUGGGAGUCAAGCUGCAACCAGUUCCAGCUUGGAAUAAGUAUCAUAAGAGAAAGCAGGGGCCCCUCUAUCAGUAUGAUCAGCGCAUGAUGGCGGGUUAUGUGCAGCAACCAAGGGGAAGCAAGAUGCACAGCCAGGUGCCAUGGCUACCCCCGAUCUUGCAGAAUGACAGCAGCCACUGGGCUGGGCUACCUUUACUCCCUGCCGGCCCCCAAUGCCUGGUGUAAAUAAUGUGUUCUAUAUAUGUUCUCAGUAAUGUACAAAUUAUACAAAUGCAGUGGACCAAAUUCUAUAGAAAAAAGUAUUUUCUACUUUAGUCUAUAUUUUUUUCUUUUUAAUGUAACUUAACGUUUUUGCACUUUGGAUAGCUUAUAUAGCGUUGUAGCAAGAAACACUUUAGUAGGGUUAGAGAAAGUGCCUCAAUAUUUUUAAUAUUGGAAUUGUAUUAAUAUAAUAUAUAUAUUGUGACUUGCACAUAAUCAUGUGACCUGUAUUGUAAUGAAAUGCUGUUCUUUGAUAUUACUGUAGUAGAGUAUUUAUUUACAAUUCAUAUUUUAUGCUUUAUGUAGACUAAUGACAGUUUAUUCUAAUAAUAAAUUAUUUUGUAACUCAGUAUUGGAA